AUGGACAAGCACAAACACGCUAGGAGUACCGUACUAGGAGAGCCGGCCCGCAGCCCUGGCAGGGCAGGGCAAGGCGUUGGGCAGGGCAGGCACUAGGGCAGCAGGGCAAGCAAGCCUCCUGGCCUUCUUUGUUCGUCCUGCGCGCCGAUUCGGCCCAAUUGUGGUGUCAACGAAUACCUCGGCCCCUGCGGCUUUACGCUCAUCCUGGCUCAUCGAGGGAAACCUCUCCGAGGCUCGCGUGAAAAAGUGUGGAUUAACUGCAAUCGAUUCGGGCCAUUCCCAUUUAAAACCGUUCUCCUUGUGCCCCAGAGGCACGAUUGUUGCGUGAAGAGCGUGUGCACCAUUCCGUUUAUAAGGAUUCGAUAGGAGCGGCUGCAUUUUGGCCCAUUGCAUCAAGGUGCGCGUCAGCUACUCUUUUGCUCAUUGCCUAAAGACCGCAACACGUACUCAAUAUUACUAUGUAGCAACGGGUUCCCACAUAAGCGCUUUGUUUGACGAGUUCAUAGCUUGCACGACUAGUUCAUACUCAUAGCUUCCCGACUUCACAAACAAUCGAGUGUUGUAAAUGUCCUCUGAGACUUCAAAACGCCUCUUUCACAAUUACGCCCCACGCUGGCGCUUGAGGCAGCUUUAACCUUGAGCGCACGGGCACGAAUCGAGCAAGUCCUGUGGGCGAGUCCUUUCACAACGUUUACCCGGUCGUCGUGUCGGAGGCCUGCGCUCGAGAUUUAAACGGGCUCGGCGAGUGUCGGUGGAUGAGCUUGAGCCCGCUGUGAGGUCGCAAGGGCGCGUGGCGUUGCUUCCGCGGGCUGUGGGCAGCGGCGGCACCGUGCCAGCACCGGCAACGACCACGCCGACCACGCGGACACACGACCGUAACAAUUGACGCCAGCGCAACAAGGGCCUUCCGCGCAACAACCUGUAGAGCCUCAUACAGCAGCUGUGCAGACUGCAUCCGCGCAGGCGGCACGACCCUCGUGCAUCUAGCCAUAUGGAUGGUGUCGCACAACCUGACGAGCCGUGGGGCGGUGUGGCUGCUGCCAGCAGGGGUGCCGCGCAGCAGGUGACAGCCGCCUGCCACCUGCGCCAGGCCGCCGCCGCCACCCGGCGGCCCAAGAUGGAAACCGCAGGGGGCCGCAGUAGCGCUACUGCCGCCGCCCCAAGCGGCAAGCUUAGCGCUGCUGCGCGCUUCAUUCUGGCCGAAAACAGUUACAGCAGCGACAGCGGCGGCACCGCCGUCAGUGGUCAACUGCUCAGCGCGGCGAGUGACGGCGGCUGCUGCGGCGGCGGCUGCAUCGCAUGCGGCCACCGUGGCCUGUACUGCUGCGGCUGUAGCAGCGGCAGCCGCAACUGCAAUGGUCUCGCAGCCGGCGCUUUGUACAACCGCUGUGAUGGAGACGGCAGUAGCAGCUGCGCUGCCCGUUACAUGGGCGGCGGCAGGCGCGCAGGUUGCGACGACAGCAGCUGCGGCACCGGCUGCUGCGACUGCAGCAGUACCUCCGGCGUGGGGGCCGGCGGCGGCGGCGGCGGCAGCGAUGCCGUGCUGCCUGCUGGUGAUGAUGACGGCGCGCCAGGCCGGGACGUUCUGCAAGACCUGGUAGACAGCUUGAGCCAGGUGCUGAGGAAGCAGCAGCAGCCCCCACACCUGCUGCACUACUCGCCCCUGCGUCUGCCGCUUCUUCCACCCCAGCACCGACGGCAGCUACUGCAGCUGGGCGGUGCCGCCGCCGCCACGGGCGGCAGUAGCACCACAUCCAGCUACUGCCAUCAUCAGCGCCUGGUGACUGCCCAGCUACUGCCGUGCCCGCUGCUGUUGUCCUUAACACUUUCGCCCUUCCUGCUGGCGGCGCUACAGCCGCCUGUGCUACUGCCACAUGCCCGCCCGCCGCCGCCGCCAGCCGCCGCCAACACUACUGCCCCAUCUCCCGCUGCCCCUGCCUGCUGUCCUUUGGCGGGGGCUGGAACAAUGGCGGCGGCAGUGACAAUCGCGGCGGCAGUUGGUGAAACCGGCGGCGGCUGCAGUCUCACCACAUCUCAGUGGGGCGGGGCUGAUGAGGACGCGGGGAGGCCAUCUCCCGAUACCAUCGGCAGCAGCAGUCUGAUGAGCGCCCUGAAUGCUCUGAUGCUGUCCACAGCCGCAGCAAGUCCGGAUGAUGAGGCAGCGGCAGGCACUGCUGGGCAACCCGGAGUGGGUGAAGAGGGCAGCCGUGGAAGCCCUGCUGGCCGCCGCCGGUGCUCUGGUCAUGGCGCCGCCGCAGCAGCAAUAGCAAACGAUGCGGGUGGAGAUGCGGCGAUGGCGGCUCGAGCUGAUGGCAGCGGCUGGAGGAGUGACGGAGGCAGACGCUGCAGAUGCAGCAGCGCUGGGGGUGGCGAGAAGCGGCAGGUUCCUACCAUGGCGGUGGUGGCGGCAGCGGUGUCUGGCUGCGCCGGGCCGUCGCUAGCUGCCGCCGGUGCGGCCGCCGGCGCGGCUGCCGAUGCCGCUGCCGCCACUGCUGCUGAUGCCCAAUCAGGUGGCGACGCGGCGUUGGCCAGAGCUGCCGCUGCCGCUGCCGCUGGCUCUGCUGGAGGCGCUGCUGGGGUUUGCCCUCAGGCCCGCCAGCAAGGGAAAGCGGGCUGGCGGCGCGCGCUGCUGGUUUGCUUUAGGUGCACCUAGGCGGCACGGCGGCGCUCUCGGGCCACUACCGCCACUUCACUGGGGGCCCUCAGAGAACCCCAGAGGGCAGCUACGGUGGCAAAGAACGAAUGCGGUGUGUGCUGAAUACGCAGUAUGGAUACACAGCAGGAGUCGUCUACGAAUGCGUCGGCGUCACAAGCGAGGGAGAAGGAAUGAUGGGUACGGCAAAGGCAUGCCUCGGCAUACUUGUUUAUGACUGGGCGCUCACGUUUACACUAGGAAUCAUUUAUGGAUGGUUGCGAGUGUAUUGACAUUCAGCGCGCGCCUAACGCUCCCGGGGAUGAGUUUGUAAAGUUUACGGUGUCGUGUGUACGGUAUGUGCGCGCGUGUGUGCGUGCGCAAGCGUUUUGUGCAUGGGCUCAAGAGAGCACCAGGCGUCUUAAUCGGCACCGUGUGCAUGUGUGUGUGGCGUAGAGGGAAAAGGAGGCGCGCGCGUGUGUACGGGGUGUGUGUGUGUGUGUGUGCAUGUGUGAUGUGCGUGUGAUGUGUGCCUCAGCUGGAUGAUGAUCCCUGUGCGGCAAGGGCCAGCGCGUGUGCGCUGAUUGAUGGAUGGGACGUCUGGUGCGUGUUGGCAGCGCGUGGGCGUGAAGCAUACGCUCGUGAAACAUGCGCACCCCUGCGCACGCAGGCAUGCCAGGGAUCCCCGCACCCACUCAUGCACACGCACAUCAAGAAUUAUUCAUCACUCAUCAGAUGUCGAAGGGUAGUGCUACAGGGAAGCAUGUUACUUAUGCCCGAC